AUGCAGGAUAAUCGUAGCGUUAAUAGUUCUUCACAACAGUAACACAGAUAACAAAACUAUAGAAAGUAAUCAAGCGACACUUUUGAGUUAAAAUUAAACGAUGAAUCUAUUGAUAGCCGUUAAAAUGAUAGAUACAAAGUCAAUGUUAGUAGUAAAUUACAGACUCAUUCACCAUCAUUAUAAAAGCAUUCCUUACUCCACUUUAAUAGCACACAGGUUGACUAAGACAACAGUGUAUUACUCCCCAAGCCAUCUAUUUUCACACCUGAAAGAAACUUAAGUAUAGUUGAGGAGGAUCCACUGACAAGUAAAAAUACUCCGGGCUCUGUCUAAGCUUAAAUUGCUGAUAAAAGAGGUUUUCAUAGAUUGAGAACUCUGCUAAUCAAUAAAUAACUUUCAAGCUAAGAAAACAGUGCACUAUUGAAAAGCUCAUUUAAUUAGUCAACAUAAUUAGGACAAUAAGAUUCACAGGGUAACAGUGGAACUCUGCAGCCUCCUCAGAAACGAAAGCUUACAUUCCAAAGAAAGCAAUCCUCACAAGAUAGUGAGCCAAUGACUGCAACAAGAAUAGGCAAAAACAGAAUUACACCUAGCGAGAUUAAAAACAAAAUUAACAAUCAAAAGAAAUCCAAGUACUCACACCUUUCUAAGUCAGAGAUGAUAUCACCAAAAAAGAAAGUCUCUCAUCCUCCUAAAAAAGUGGGUUUUCAGGAUGAUGGGAAUGUAGUGAGACUGUUUGAUUCAAACGGAUUUAUUUUAGAUAUUAAAUAUACCACAGAGGAUUUAAAGUAAAACGUUUAGAACCUAUAACAUUACUUACCUGAUUUUGGAUACUAAGAAUAAAUUGAAUUUGGAAAAUAAAAGCAUGGCUGGAAAUUCUUCUUAGAUUUGAUUUCAAGAUACAGGUAAAGGGAAAAGAUUUCAAAUGCUAUUAGUAAAAUGAAAAAAAUCAAAUCAGAGGAAUAGGAAUUAAAUCAAUAGCACAGAAUGCAGUAAUAAUAGGACAGACAAGGCUUAUAUGGAAUCCAACCUAAAAAAUCAAGCAUGAAUUUUCCAAUGCAAAUAAACAAUACCCCACAUGAGAACUGGCUUUUGUGGAAUUUCAGAAGGGGUAAGGAGAGUAAAAAAAUUAGCGGCCUAGAAAUAAAAAUGAUCUAGUUAAAAGAAGACCUUGAUAGCAUAAAACGAUAGUGUUAUUAAGAUGAAAGGUGGUACACAUUAUAUAAAAGAUUAGUCAGUGGUAAGCAAGAUUCACAGUAGCUUUCAAAGUCUUAAGAUAAUCGUAAAAGAUUGUAAAGAAGAGGAGCAGGUUUAUAAAUAGAUGUAGGCACUAUUACAAAUAAGAGAAGAUAUCGAAUACUAAAGCAAAUGACUGAGAACACUGUGAAAUCUUUUUUAAAUAUAGAAGAAAUAGAUAAUUUUAGCCAAUCUGCCUAAAAAGCUAAUAAUCCAUAGGGCAGAGCUACACCAGGUCUAGACCUUAAAACUUUGAAAGAUAUGGAGAAUAUUAGGAAAGAUACAGAAAUGUUUAGGUAGAAGAUGAAUAAAAGUGAGAAUAGUUGGUAUGUAAAUAAACCUGAAAAUAUAAAGCAAAUCACAUUGAAUCGACCGUCCUCUUAGACCAGGAUUGAUCUACUAAAUUUCCUUUUCGAGCUUUAUAAGGAACACGAUCACAGUUUAUACAUUAAUCAAUAUCAUCAUAGACAUAAUAGAAGUCAAAAUGCAAUCGAUGUUAUUAAUGCCAUUGGCUAGGAUCAUCAUAUUUCUAAUAGUGAGAGACUUAAAGUGAUCAAGCAUCUUAUCGAUAUCUUUAGUAAGAACGAUUUGUAUUAAAUUGCCAACUUAAAUCUCGAUCACAUUAGAGACUUAUUUGAAGACACAGAUUAUUAUCUAGAUCUUAUAACCCUACUUGAUGAUUAUAUGGAAAAUGCUAAAAUAUCUGGAGAAGAAGGUGAUCUGACAUCCAGAAAUGAAAAACCUAUGUCAAAUAGUGAGGUUAAAGCUAAUUACAGCUAGUCAUCUUCCAACUAUAAGAUUAAAAUGCUUAAGCCACUAAUGUCUAAUAAAUCAAAGUAGUCUAAAGUUUGCUUUAGUGCUUUAAAUUCCCCUCUGCCCUCUAUUAGGAAUGAUGGCGGCAGAUUAUCAAUGGAAGAAAACAUAGUGAAGAUUCAGUGUGACUAUAGUCCAAUCAAUUUGAAUCCUUUAAGAAGGUCAGUUUAGAAUAAACAACUGUAGGAACUUAAAAUCCUAACAGCUCAUAAUCAUCCUAGCAAUUACCCUUAAAACGCAUCAUAUCAUUAGAAUAAUAGAUACAGCACUAAUAUCUCUAACCAAACAACUCAAGAGGCACCGCCUUUAUAUAUUAAGCAAAAUCUAAACAAAACUCAAAGUAAACUUGACCGUUAAUCUCUUGAUGAGUUUUCGAAUUAUCACUCGACAAGGGCUGGCAGCAAUCCACUUUUUAACAAUAAAAAGAUACUUACAGAAAUCUACAAGCGUAAAAUAAGAUUGGUCGACAAGAGCUACGUAGUAGAAAGGUUAACUUAGCCUAGUAUUCUAUCGUAUUCUCAUUAAAUAAAGGUUACAUCCUAGGAGGAUGCCUCAUUGGUGAAUAUAGACGCUGAAGAAGUUUAAUUGAAUAGUGAUUAUUUCGAUAGUCAAGUCAGAUCUUAAAUGAAGAGAAGCUAUCAUUUAUGA